AUGCUUUCUCAUAAAUCCCCACAUUUUUGCAUAGCUGAUUAUCGAUUGCAUAUGGAAACAUCCCUUUGCCCCUACAGUGUAUUUGACUUGUGCCUCCUCAGUCAAGAAGAAAUACUUGUGGAAGUGUCACAAACAUUUGGUUGCAAGUUAUUUGCUGAUAAAGCUAAAAAUCUAGAAUGUUUUCAUGCUUUGGAACUCACAGUUCCCAAAAUUCUAUCACAAGAUUUGUGCUCCCGUUUCCAGUUAUUUGAUGGAUUCCCCAAACUACGUGAAAAGGCUGAAGCGAAAAUUGCCAAGGCUCGUGCUAAUAUGCAGCUGGAACCACUUAUAUGCCCUUCUGUACAGUGGUAUGAUGUGACAUGGUUUUUCAGACUGAAAAGCGGAGAAAAGAAAGACCCAAUCAAGCUGUCAGGGAUACUUAUGGUGUUUAGCAUGUAUGUUACUCAAUAUCCUCGUCCAGAGAAGAAAGUGGGCUCUGCAACUUCUUGGACCCAAAUGGGUCGUGUCAACAACACCUAG